UGAAGAUACUGAGGAACACACAGACCUCAUGCUGCUAAAAGAGGAGUGCAUAGUACCGAAUGAAACGGAAGAGAAAGAACAAUACGAGACUCAUCAUGAUUUUAAAACCGGAGAAGAAUCUUUCAGUUGGCCACAGAUUAAAGAGACUUUCUCACAGAAAACAGCUCAUGAAACAGGAACUACAAGUUAUUUCACCCCUUUUCACUGUGAAAAGAGUUUUGAUGAACAUGGAAACCUUAAAGUCCACAUGAGAGUUCACACUGGAGACAAGCCUUACACCUGUCCGGAGUGUGGAAAGAGUUUUGAUCAUAAUAGAAACCUUAAAGUGCACAUGAGAAUUCACACUGGAGAGAAACCAUAUUCCUGUCUUCAGUGUGGAAAGAGUUUCUAUAAUCAGGGAAACCUUAAAGUGCACAUGAAAAUUCACACUGGAGAGUGUCCUUUUAUCUGCCAACUGUGUGGAAUGAGCUUCAUUCAUAAAGGAUUCCUUAAUAGACACAUGAGAAUUCACACUGGAGAAAAGCAUUACGUGUGCCAUCAGUGUGGAAAAAGUUUCAAUCGAAUAGGAACUCUUAACAGGCACAUGACAAUUCACACAAGAGAAAACCUUUAUACAUGCCCUCAGUGUGGAGAGAGUUUCGAUCUACAUGAAAGCCUUAAAGCCCACAUUGGAGUUCACAUUGGAGAGAGUCCCUUCACCUGCCAACAGUGUGGAAAAAGUUUUACUCGAAAGGGAAACCUUAGCAGGCACAUGAGAAGAUUACACUGCAUUUGUUAAACAAAAACUUGAUCAACACACGAGGAUUCAUUUGAGAGAACUGUUUUAUGUCAUCAGUGUGGAAGGAGUUUCGCAGACAUGGAAAUGAAAGUGGUUAACGUUGUUUUUCAUCAGUAGUAUUAUUUGUGAUUUUAAUUUUGUGAACGGGAGUUCCUCUUUUGCCAUGUUA